GCUUGAAAAUCGCAAAGGAUGGAGGAUGAGAUAAAAUCGUGUUAUAAAGACAGGAUAUUUUAAACUUUUAAUUCUGGCCUCGAUUGAAAUUAGUUGAUCUUGUGCUUUCCAGAAAACGGAAAUAAACGAUCAUAAACGAGUUUGCAUAAUCGGCUACAAAACAAUAGCGAGGACUAAUUAAGAAAAAUCCCGUUCUUUGAGAUGAUGCGAAAAUUAACCACCGAAAAACGACCGCGAGUAUGCAGAUCACAUUCUUUCGAAAACAACAGACGCAUGUUAGAUGACUCGAGUGGGGUGUGAGUUAUUGUAGCGACUGUAAGUUUCGAAAAUGCCGGGGCUGGUAGCUUUUGGCAGAAGAUGGAUGGCUGCAACGGAUGAGCUGGUUAUUCCAUUCGGAACUGUUGUUGUUUUUCGUUUGGCUUGGCUAUUGCUCAUCAGUAUUAUAUUUGGAAUAUAUGCGGAAAUUCUACAGACUGAUCCUAGCAGCACAACACCCGAGAUAGUAUGCAAGAGCAAAGUGAACAUUUAUUUGAUAGGCUACAUUGUAUUGCUGAUAAUAAUCGCAAUCAUGGAUGCAUUGAUUUCAUUCUCCAGCAGCCGAGGCACUGUUUUCGAGCUGCACAAGAGAACAGCGGUUGUGCCUUUGCUGUACGUUCGAGCUGGUUUGUUUAUCAUCGAACUCACAUGGCAAAUCCUUGGUUUCGUAUGGAUAUUCAGCAGUAGCGUGAGACACAACUGCUACAGCAUGCCAACCAAAACACUCGCACAGGGCGUAGUCAUAUUCAAUCUUUUAUUCAUGGUUGGUUCUUUGGUUCCAAUAUACUUCUUCUUUGAUUCAGCUGGCCAUCUUUGGCAGAAGCUCCAUUCGGCGAAGGAUAAAGGGUCUGCAUACGGGGCGAUUAACAAGGAGAUACGAGAUAAGUACGAGAGGAAAUGGGAAAAAUCAUGCAAAGCCUUGUUCUGCUGUUCAAAGGUUGAAAGUUCCCAAGAAAAUGUGUUUGGAUUCGUAUCGAGACUGCUGUCUGAGUACUUUCAAGAGUAUUUGGAUCUGGUUCCUUCCGAUUUUGUUGCUGGCCUUAUCUUACUAAGAAGGCAUCAAAAGUUCCUAGAAUCACAGAGAAUUGCCACCUUCCUAGACGAGGGAUCUGCUUGCAAAGAAGGUUGUAAAGAUGUGGCUGAAGUUAUAGUAAAAAGGGGUGAAAAAUUUGUCCACCGGCACCAAAAGACGAAGAGUGCAAAAGCCUUCAAUUAUCAGAACUUGAGCGAAUCAAAGCUUUUCGAGGACAUAACACAUUAUAGUUCCUAUGCAUUGGCUGUGUAUGGCUGGCCGUUCUAUCUCUAUGAUCGCAUUCUCUGCGGAGCCUGUACCCUUUGCUGCAAAGUAAGAUGCUGUGCUAGUUGCUGUGGUCCUUCCAAGAAAGAGUUUACACUCGUCGAAGACAACUGCUGCGAAUGCAAUAUUGAAGCUACUAAGCUCUUCCUCAAUGAACAUGAGCAUGAACUCAUCUAUGUUAGUUACAAGGAUGAGGUAUACCAACCGCCGUUUUUCGUUGCUGUUGACCACAAGAAGAGAUCUGUUGUCAUUUCAUGCCGUGGAACACUAUCAUUGAAGGAUGUUCUCACCGAUGUGAUGGUUGAAGAAGCAAGAAUUCCAGUCGAAAACGCAGAGCCAAAUAUGAUGGGACACAAGGGAAUGAUUGAGUCAGCACAAUUCGUUCUGGAUAUCAUCAAAAAGGAAGAACUUCUGGAAAGAGCUUUCAACAGUGAUUCAAGCCGUGGCAGUCAGUCGUAUGACCUGACAAUAGUUGGCCAUUCGCUUGGAGCCGGAGUAGCCUCCAUUUUAGCUUUCCUUUUGAGGCCAAAGUAUCCAAAACUCACAUGUUUUGCCUACUCAGCUGUUGGAGCAACUUUCAACUACGCGGCUUCAAAGCAUGCGCAAGACUUCAUAUACUCGAUUGUGGUUGGAAAGGAUGUUAUAUCAAGAUUAAAUCUGCACACAUUGGACGAGCUGAGAUACAUGAUAAUCGAAUUGCUGCAAAGAACCAACUUGCCAAAGUGGAAAAUCCUCCGUGGAUGCAUGUGCCAGUGUAUGCUGUGUUGCCAGGCAACAUCAAAGAAUUCUCACGAAGAUUACCUUGACCACGAAUUCCAUGAUAUCCCGCCUUAUGAACCAGAAUCAUCAAAAAGAUAUUACAUGGGUGGCAAAGUUGUUCACAUAGUCAAGACGCAUUCAAUAUAUCCCAAGUGGCUCGGGAAGAAGAAGGCCCUGUACGAGGCUGUGUGGGCUGACGUGGAGGAUUUCCAGUCCAUAUUGAUUUCAAACCUGAUGUGGAAAGAUCAUAUUCCUGACACUGUGAAAGGAGCACUGUCGAGUUGUUUGGGACAUGUUGAAGUGCCUCGUAAGAAUGGAUCUGCGAAGGAAUGUGACAAAUCUAAAGGAAAUUCAAAUGGUGUCUCUAAAGACUCAAAGUCAGAUGAAGAAGAACAUCUUCUUGGCGAGAAUCUGGAAGAAACAUCCGCUAAGGAUGACGGUGAAGUGAAGAUCGAUAUUGUGGACACAACAACGAUAACAUUAACUGCAGAAGAUGGAAAGCAACAGAGCGAAGAGGUAAGAUCGGCUGAAAAAAAAGUGAAAAAUGAAGAGGUUGAUUCAUGUGAAAUUUUGAUAAAUUUAAAUGAAGAAGAUGCGAAGCAUGCUGAAGAAGAACAGCAGUGUAGCGAGGAAAAGGACAAAGUAGAAGAAGAUGCAAAACCAGUUGAAUAUGUGAUCAAGACGGCUGGAUCAACAGAGAUUGUAGACGUGAUAGUUGAAGAAACUAAAGUAACCAAAAGUUCUGAGGUGCUUAUUGAAGUUCGGGAAGAAACUGUGGAAGAAAUUGGAAAACCAAGUACGCCUGUUACCUCAAUAGGAGAUGGUAUUAAUGCAGGUGGAUCUAUGGAGUUUGUUGAAAUUGUAUUUGAGAAAGAAAGCGAUUGUGAAGAGCAGCAGAAGUUGGAAGGAGAUUCAAAAGAAAAUGAAGAUGCUGAAAGAGAAGAAGCAGAUGGGAAGCAAAAAGAAUCUUGUAAUGCAGUUGAUCAACAUGAAGAGUCAAAAUCUGAUAAAGAAGAAGGACUGAGUAAAUCUGAGUCAAUGGGAUUUGUAGAAAUUGUGCUAGUCCACAAUGAAAGCAGCAAAGAAACGGCGGAUGAACUUCCAGCUGCGAAGCUGAGUGACAAUGAAAAGCAAAAAGAUGCUGAAAUAAAAGAGAGCGUUGCAAGUAUUGAAGUGGCGAGCACUGUUUCUGAAACACAAACAAAGGAUGCCAAUGAUUUGCCAGUAGUCCACAAACACGCAGAGAUAGUUGAACAGAUACAAGUUGCAGCAAGUUCAUUAGAGGAAAGUUUACCAACAGAGAUGCCAGCAGCAAAUGUGGAAGAAAGCACAGCCACAGUGGUAGAUGUGACUAUGACAGUUACUAGGGAAGAAGUAGUGGAAGAGACUCCAUUGUCCGACGCUGUGUCUGUAGAAGAGAAAAAUGCUUGCAAAGAACACAACCACGAGGCACUAGCACAAGAGAUUACUGGUGUACCUGAGUCAUCAAACCAGGUACCAGCAGAUGAGCUGAAUGAAAUUAAUGCCUCUGUAGAUUUGUGUGUAUCAUCGUCUGUAGAGUUAAAGGUAUCUGAAGAGGCACCACUGACAAUUCAGACAACAACAACAGAGGCGAUGCCAUCUGAUGACUCUUCUCUUGUAUCAUGCGAGAUAUCUGCUGCAGAGCAAAACAUAUCAACAGAGAUUGUAAUACCUGAAGAAAAUGAACCAUCUGGCGAUUUUUUUGUAGUACCAGAUGAAACAAAAAUUUCAGAACCAUCAUCUUCAGAAGAAAUUGCAGCACAGGAGAAUUUCGAACCAGAGAUUUUGGGAGAAACAAUAGAGCUAAAAUCGUCACAAAUAGCUGUGCAAAUAGAUGAGGCAAAUUCGUCAGAUAUUGUUACGAGCCAUAGUGAACCACCAGUGCCAGUGGAACAACUGCCUGAAGUGGAGGUAUUACUAGAGGAUGCAAAACCACCUGUCGAAGCUUCUGCUGUUUCUACUGAGCCAGCGACCGACUUAUUGGUGGAAGUGACUCCGCCAUCAGUACAAAUAAAGCCAUCCUUUGAGGUAGUGGUUGAUUCGAAUGAAUCAUCAGCCCAAGAGACUAAUAUUUUGGAAGAAGGUCAAUCGCCAGAUGCGAUAAUACCAUCUGACAAUCUCAAGGCAAGUGAAGAAACUCCAUCAUUAGAGAACAGCAAAAUUGUCGUUGAUGCUACUGCUGUCUCAAGUGAGUCAGAAUUAUCACUGGAGGUUCAGUCAUCAAGUGAGACAAAAUCAUCGGAUGAUUGCUCCGUUGUUGUAACACAGUCAUUAAUCCCUGAGCAAAACUUGCCAGAAGAGGUUCCCCCUCAAGAGGAGAUAAAGCAAAGUGAUGAUGUUCCUGCCCACUCAAGUGAACCAUCCAGUAGUGCACUUCCCAACUCAACUUUCCCAUCUUCAUCAGAGGAAAAAUUAUCUGAUGAGUCUCCUUCAUCCGACGGAAUAGAGUUACCUGACUCAGGAAAGCAUGCUGCCCAAGAGCCAAAAGUAUCAGAUGAAGUUUUACUUCCUGAGGAAACGCAGCCAUUAGUUGAUGUGCACAGCAAGCCAUGUCCAGAAGAAGAAUCAUCAAAUAAAGCAGCUCCAUCAGAGGAACAACCGGCUGCUGACAUUUGUAAGGAAUCGUUGUCUAUUAGUGAAGACGCUACUAAUGAAGCUAAUCUGGAUGUAGAUGUUGUUAAAGGUGAUUCAGCAGAUCUCAAUGAAUGCGAGGACACUGUUACAGACGACACCGUAAAUGGAGCUGCUGAUGAAAGUGAUUUUGUCAUUGUGGAGGAGGUGAUAGUGCAGACAGGGAACUCGGAAGUCCAUGACGCAAGCCAAAAUGUUGCAGUUACUAUUACCACGGUAACUGAAGAAGUCGUCAUUGAAACUGAGUAGGUCGUUGGCUAUUUAGGUGAAGAUGGACUUGUUGUUAGUAUCGGAACAACAGCAUGCGUCAGCACAUUUUGUUAAGCAGACCUCGAUUCAAAAUGGAAAGUGGUAAAAGGAGGCCAUGCCAUGUCGAAUGUAUAGAGUAUUAAGAUGUGGUAUGUGCGAAAAGAACGUUUUGCAGGUUUUAUCGAAAUCGUCGUUUUGGCGCCGCAAAAAUGCCAAAGAGAGCAAUAUGUAUUUUUAUGAACCCUGUAUUUGUAAUCUGGAUGAUUAUUAAGUGAAAUUAUAUUGAAAUGGUAUUUCAUAUUGAGGUAAUAUUGUUGUAUAAAUAUUUGGGAAAGAAUUGGCUAGACUUUGUUAACGAUACUUGCAGUCUAAUUUUACCAACUUAUAUCGAGUCUGGCAAGAUAUUAUGAUAUAGUGUAGAACUGUCUAAAAUUUCCAUAGAUUCACUAAAACGUUAAAAGCAACAAAACCAUUUAUCCUUUGCAUGUUAAAAAGGGAGUGGCGAAAAACUCCCAACCCUCUCCUCGAAAAAUAUAGUUGUUUACUGCAAGGCUAAUACCGGCUCGUUCAGGCAGUUGCUGAGUCUCGUUGAUAGUCUUUGUAAUCUUGAUAGUGGCCUUUGAAGUAUAUCUACUAGAUGUUUAUAGAGCUUUAGUUUAUAGUGAAGCUGUACUCCCGACUCGUUAUUUAUCAAAGUGUAUUUUUAUAAGCAUUUUAAUGUUAGCUGCAGACUGGCAACAGAACUUAAAUUGCACCUGUUUUCCUUGCAUGGAGUCUUCGAAAAAGUCUAGAUUUGGCUCAGUUAUCAUAUUUUGUAUGGUAAAACUUGAGACGCUUCACUUAGUAACAUGUCAUGUUACGUCAUUAGCAAAAUGUCGGGCCCAGUCUUCUUUUUAACCUGCUUUUUAGAGAACAGUGAAGAAUUCAGCAGUUUCUGUAAAGUUGUGUAUUUUCAGAUUUCUUGUAUUUUAUAUUGUAGAUUUAUAUUCACAGUUUCUAUGUUGCCAAUAUUCAUGUUCAGUUAUUCAAAAUAAGUCCGCAUAGCGUAUUCAAUUGAAUUUUUAUCAAAUAUUUAAUCGUUGUUUAAAACUUUUUAUAUUGUACUGUAAUGUUGCUCCAUGUAAAUGUUACUGUAAUAUUGUC